AUUGGAUAUAGAGUAUUAGAAAAAGAAUGUACGUCAAGCAAUUUUUUAUACUAACUGAAAACUUUACGCAACUUCGAUGAACAGCUUAGUGAAUUCCUGAUCAUAAAAAUUAUAAUUUUCUUAAAAUCGAUCGGCAUCUCACUUUUUUUCUAUUUCACGAUUCAAAUUUUAUCUCCUUAAUUAUAACAUUAGAGAAUAUUUGUAUCCAUAAUAAUAUUUCACAAUUUUAAAAUUAUGGAAUCUUAAAAUUCGAACAAAUAUUAAGUAACGCAAAUUAUAACUAUUUAUAAAACUAUAUAAUUAUAUAAUGAUGCAUAAUCUAGCAAUUUUAACAUGUAUAAAUUUCUAUAGCACUUCGCGUAUUCAUACACUUCCCAUAUUUUCAUACUUUGUUUCCCUUAUACACUUCAUGCACAUCCUUCAUUUCACACGAUUACAACCUGCAAUUUUCAACUUACCUGUAUAUUUCUCCGAAACAAAUUUAACCGACUAGACGAAUCGAUCGAAUACUAAAAAAACUUGCGCAAGCAUUGAAUAAUCUCACGCAUAUCAAUCCAUGAAUACCGCACAUCAUUGUCAACUUCAUUUCACGAUGAUGAACCAAGCCGCGAUCACAGAGGAAAUUAAAACCAACAGUGAUUACAGUCUUCAAUUGAAUCGAUGGUUUCUAAAACCAAUCGGUGCUUGGCCUUUGUUCUCUACCACCACAAAAUUUGAAAAAAUCGUUUCAUUAAUUUUAAAUAUCGUAUGUUACGCGAUUGUGAUAUUAUGCGCGACUCCUAGUCUGAUGCAAAUAAUCUUUGCUGAGGAAAGCUUUUAUCUGAAAUUGAAAACACUCGGUCCUGUGAGCCAUUGGUUUGUUAGCACUGUUAAUUACACAGCUUUAUUAAUGAAAAGUAAAGAUAUACGUUAUUGCUUCGAGCAUAUGGAGGCUGAUUGGCAAACAACAAAAAGAAUGGAGGACCAACGGACAAUGCUGAAAAAUGCAAAAUUUGGCCGCUAUGUGGCAGCCUCGUGCGCCAUCUUCAUGCAAGGUGGCAUUUUGUGCUUUUGCUUCGUGACUAUGCUGACAACGGAGACUAUUCAAGUAGGUAAUGAGACGAGAGUUCUCCAUGUGCUACCUUGUGCUGUGUACAAAGAACUGGUAAACGUCGAGGAGAAUUCCAUCAACAUUUUUAUGCUUUGUUUUCAAUUUGUGGCAGCCGCCAUCGCAAAUUCCAGCACAGUUGGAAUUUUCAGUCUCGCGGCUGUUCUUGCCGCUCAUGCAUAUGGCCAAUUAAGUGUGGUUAUGGUAUGGAUCACGGAAUUCGUGAAUCAAUCGAGAGAGCAAAAAAAAACAGAUGAUUUUAAAGAAAUAGGAAUAAUCGUAGAACGACAUUUGAGAGUGUUGAAUUUCAUAACAUAUCUUGAGAACAUAAUGAAUCGGAUAUAUUUUUUGGAAUUGUUUAGGUGUACGAUGAUCAUAUGUAUAGUCGGUUAUUAUAUUCUUACGGAAUGGGCAGAAAAGAAUGUUCAAAAUCUAACCACCUAUUUCAUGAUGCUUCUCUCGAUUUGUUUUAACAUUUUUAUUAUAUGUUAUAUCGGUGAAAUAUUGACAGAACAGUGCAUGAAAAUUGGUGAAGUGAUUUACAUGACAGAUUGGUAUUAUUUACCCGAUAAGACAAUUCUUAAUUUAAUUUUAAUAAUUCUACGAUCGACUGUCGUAGUCCAAAUCACUGCUGGAAAAUUAUUUAAUAUGUCUAUUUAUACUUUCGGUGAUGUGUUAAAAACUGCUUUUGCAUAUUUAAAUCUGCUACGACAAAUGACGUGAUAAAAUAAAAUUUCUCCAUAAAUUCAUCUCAUUUUACAAUACAAUAAAAAUGCAAUCGCAAGCAAAGAUAAAUUAUUAUUUUUACAAUAUAAUUUCAUGUUACGAAAAAAUCAAUUAUAUCACGAUAAUAAAUAGGAUGGAUAAAAUUUUUGAAUUGAAAUUAAGAAUAAAAUUAUUUCGAAAAUAACUUGUUAUUCGAAGCAUUAAAUAAUCGCGGUUAAAAAUUAACCAAGAUUAUUCGAAAAGCUAUAUAAUUAUUCUAUAAUUGUUGAUUAAUUAUAGUUAGGAAUAGAAAUUAAUU